GAGUAUAACUCCGCGGCCGCCACACGCUGGGGCAGUUUCGGGCACCCAGGUCUGCAGCCAGAGCCUGGCGGAGCCCAGCUCCGCUCCGACUGGCCGCGGAGUGCGGAGGAGCGCGGCGCCGGGGCUGGGCGAGCUGAGCCCGGAGACCCAGGCGGGUGGCCGCAACUUGGCUUCGCCCUUCGGGCCAGCGCUCCUGCCCAGCACCUCACGCGAGGGUCCCGGCGACCGGGACCAGCGCGCGCCCUACGGACAAGCGCCCGGGAAGAUGAUGAUGAUGUCCCUGAACAGCAAGCAGGCGUUCAGCAUGCCGCACGGCGGCAGCCUGCACGUGGAGCCCAAGUACUCGGCGCUGCACAGCGCCUCGCCCGGCUCGUCGGCGCCCGCGGCGCCCGCCGCCAGCUCCCCCAGCAGCUCCAGCAACGCUGCGGGCGGCGGCGGCAGUGGCGGGGGCGGCGGAGGACGAAGCAGCAGCUCCGGCGGCGGCGGCGGCGGCGGCGGCGGCGGGGGCUCCGAGGCGAUGCGGAGAGCGUGUCUUCCAACCCCACCGAGCAAUAUAUUCGGCGGGCUGGAUGAGAGUCUGCUGGCCCGCGCCGAGGCUCUGGCGGCCGUGGACAUCGUCUCCCAGAGCAAGAGCCACCAUCACCACCCGCCCCACCACAGCCCCUUCAAGCCGGACGCCACCUACCACACCAUGAACACCAUCCCGUGCACCUCGGCUGCCUCCUCUUCGUCUGUGCCCAUCUCGCACCCGUCCGCGCUGGCGGGGACACACCACCACCACCACCACCACCAUCACCACCACCACCAGCCACACCAGGCGCUGGAGGGAGAGCUGCUGGAGCACCUGAGUCCCGGGCUGGCCCUGGGCGCCAUGGCGGGUCCCGACGGCGCCGUGGUGUCCACGCCAGCGCACGCGCCGCACAUGGCCACCAUGAACCCCAUGCACCAAGCGGCGCUCAGCAUGGCCCACGCGCACGGGUUGCCCUCACACAUGGGCUGCAUGAGCGACGUGGACGCCGACCCCCGGGACCUGGAAGCGUUCGCCGAGCGCUUCAAGCAGCGACGGAUCAAGCUGGGGGUGACCCAGGCCGAUGUGGGCUCGGCGCUAGCCAACCUCAAGAUCCCCGGCGUGGGCUCGCUUAGCCAGAGCACCAUCUGCAGGUUCGAGUCCCUCACGUUGUCGCACAACAAUAUGAUCGCGCUUAAACCCAUUCUGCAGGCGUGGCUGGAAGAAGCCGAGAAGUCCCACCGCGAGAAGCUCACCAAGCCAGAGCUCUUCAACGGCGCCGAGAAGAAGCGCAAGCGCACGUCCAUCGCCGCGCCGGAGAAGCGCUCGCUCGAAGCCUACUUUGCCAUCCAGCCCCGACCCUCCUCUGAGAAGAUCGCCGCCAUCGCAGAGAAGCUGGACCUUAAGAAAAACGUGGUGCGAGUUUGGUUCUGCAACCAGAGGCAGAAACAGAAAAGAAUGAAAUACUCCGCGGGCAUUUAGGAGUCCCUUGGCCUCCCUUGGGACAGCCCCCUCCUCUUCCCCUCUUUUCCCUCCUUCUCUCCCCUGCUUUUUUCUUUCCACUUUGGCGACCAGAAACAAUUCCAGUAAAUGUGAAUCCGGAGAAAGCGAGGCGUGGAGAGCAAGCGGACUAGCGACCCACUGAGCCCAGGUCCCGUGAGAAUGUGAAACGGUUUCAUAAAGGAAAGCAAAGCAAAAGAAGGCAUUUGUCAAGUUGUAGCAAAGUUGCCCCUUUUAACCCCACCUUCCCCGGAAAAGGCACCUCGGCUUCUUCAGAGGAAGUCUGGAGCUGGCUGUUUGCAGAAAGGCAGAAGAGACAGCCUGUUAAAGGGCCGCGAGAACGAGCAAGUAAGAUUUGUUUUUAUUCUUAAAGACAGCACCCUUGUUCAAGUUAAAAAGUACACUUUGCAGCUAUUUUUCCGAAAUAGAAUUUGAUUCAGAACUGAAACUUUAAACUAGAGUUGAUGCUUAAGGUGAUAGACAUCUCUAAAGUAUUUUGAAUUUUAAAAAGAUGGCAGAUUUUCUGCAUUUACACUGUAUAUUAUAUACAUAUAUAUAUAUUUUUAUCGUGGUUCUUAGCCCCUUCUUCCCUCUGAAGUGUUAAUGUCUAAGAAAGGAGUUGCGCCUGCUGUGUUCACUGAUUUGAAAGCUAUUAUUAGAUUAUUGCUGAACAACCCUCUGUAAAUUAUUAAUUUAUCUCUCUGGCGACUUAAUUUUGUGCACAUUCUAAUUAAUUAAACUUUAGUCUGAAAAUGAGGGAAACGUAUGGUUAGUGAGUUCAAACCUUUUUUUUUAUGAGCUCACUCAAUUAUUACAGUUUUCCUCUUUUACUGUGUUCCUUUUUGGCCCAUUUGUAUAUUCUCACUUUGAAUGAAGAUUUUUUUUUCUUUGUUUUUGCUGGUGGUGUUCUGAUUUGUGAGUCCACACUCAGUAUUGGAUGUCUUAAUCUUGUAGACCUGAUUCACUGUCCAAAGUAUUGUUUACUUCCUUACAUAUUUAAUGGGGAUUCCCACACUGUUUCCACUAUACAGCUUUCUCACUCCCCCACACAUUCACACACAAGCACACUCACACUCACACACACACACCCCUCUGAUGAAAGAGAGAUGAAGCGUUUGGGAGCGUGUCAUGCAUCAUUUUCUAGCUUUGGGUGCACUUGCCUUUCCAGAUUCUAAGAUUUCACCAAGGUAUUUAAGUCUUCUCCUUUCCAGUUGCUUUACUACACUGUAACAUUUAUAGGAAUCCUUCGUUGCUGUUUUUUUUUUUUUUUCCUUUUGGAGGUUUGUUUGUAGAAAACUAAUUUGAACUAUUAGAAAGACAGUGCACUGCUUGUAAAUUCACAUUGUUUGCUAGAAUUCUUUUUGAACAACAACAAAGAAUUAGGCACAUGAUGACUGGAACCUUAUCUAUUGUAAAUAUUUCAUUCAAAAUGAUGCACAUAUAGAUAUAUUCUUACAGAUUUUGCUGUAUCGCUGUUCCAUUUAAGGUUCUCCAAAGUCUUGAGUUCUGUAUAUGACCUGUUUUUUUUUUGUUUGUUUGUUUUUGUUAAUAGAUGGUUUAUUUACUAUGGUAUUGUAUUAAGUUAUUUUUGGUGUUGUCUUUCAUUGAAGAGAUGAUUUUAAUGUUUUAUUGACAAA